AUGAAGAAGAUCUUCAAGGGCCAUUUGCCCUGGGGCUUCCUGGGCUUUAGAAAUGCCAACGCUGAGAACCAAGAAUGGCACAGGUACCUCACGGGCUACAUACCUGUGAAGAAGAUACACAAAGCUGCAAGCAUGGGAGACAUAACCCAAGUGCAGAGAAUGCUCGAAUUUGGGGAUGUGGACGUGAACGUUACAGACCGGAAAAAAAGGACUGCUCUGCACUACGCCUGCGCUCACGGCCAGGCUGAAAUGGCGGCCCUCUUGCUAUGGUAUGAAUGCAACAUUGAAGCCCGAGACAGCGACCUAAGUACAGCUCUGAUCAAGGCAGCACAGCGCCAGCACGAGGAAUGUGUAAAGGUUCUCCUGGAAAACGGUGCUGACUCAAAUGCCAUUGAUGCAAAUCAAAACACGGCUCUCCACUAUGCAGUCUACAACAACAGCACCUCCAUAGCUGCCAAACUUCUGGAGUUCGGAGCAGACACUGAAAUUAAGGCAAAGAAUGGCUACACACCGCUUAUACUGGCAGUGCUGGAAAACAAACUGGAGAUGGUGGAGCUGUUGUUACGGGCCGCGGCCAAUAUAAACGCCCUGGAUAACUACAAGAGGUCUGCCCUCAUCCAUGCUGUGAGAGCUCAGUCUAGAGACAUGAUCGGCUUUCUUCUCCAGCAGGGUGCAGAUGCGUCUUUGGUGGAUGUCUACGGGGCAACUGCACAGAGUUACACUGUUUUUGAAACCUUUCAAGUGCUUUCCAAAGGCCCCAGUUCUACAACAAGAGAGGACAGAUAUAAUUCUGAUGCCAAGGCCAUGUCUAGUGCAAUUCCCAAGCUGGUGCUGAUAGUAACAAUGCCUUUUAGAUUGAAGAAAAGUACUUCUAACCAAGAAAUCUUUUACUUCUUUGACCUUUACCUGACCUCCAGCACAACUCGUCCCACAGAACUUUCCAUUGCAGCAGUGGCCUGCAUCCUCCCCACACCCGUGACCCGUGUGGAGAACUUAAAA